GUUCACGAUGAGCUGUGAUGUUAUCGUAGAGUUGAAACUUGCUUGAAAUGACUUGGGUGUGGCCACGUGGGAGUCGAAGCUAGCGCUCAGCACCCUGGAAGCAUAUCUACUCAGAACAUUCAUAUAAGUACCACAGCGAGCACUUUGCUGACCUUCUCGUUUCCGGCUAGACAAUAGUUCGCUAUUUCUACAUGCUUCAUGGCCACACCCGCAGCCUUCUCCCGCCUUCAAUUAGCCGCAGCGCUACUUGAGUAUGACAACGAUCCAACCAAUCCUGACUUGCCUUUGGUCUCCGCCCAUGACAGCGCUAUCUUCGCUCAUCUCCGACGAGAACCUCGCAAAAGUACUGACUACCUCGGAGUAUCCGUGCCCAGUGAAGCAGGUGAUUCUACCCCGGGACAACGAAGGUCUAGAGGCUCCAUUGAUGGACUCAGAAACCCUUUCGGGGCUGAUGAUGACGAGGAGCUCGAAGAUGAAGAAGCUGGCGAAGUAGACCUCGCUUCAUGGGGCCUUGAUCAAUUCAUCAAGGACAAAGCCAAAGGAAAGGGCAAGGCGAAGGCCAAGUCAGAGAUUUUGCCCAAUCCUCAUCCCGUAGCGACGACCCAUCGAAAUGCCCGGAGCGCUAUAGAUGAUGGUCCUCGAGGAAGGUCGUCCCGACCAAUCAGCAUUGGGACCAUGCAUGACUUCGGUGCUGGAGGCGCCUUCUUGGACGCUGAGAACACUGCUGGUUCAGACAUUGCUCGUCCUCGAUCUUCUGCUGAUUUAGAACGGAUGCAGUCCCCUCAGCGUCCACUUCCACGCCGUCGCGAAUCCGCCCACGCUCUUAUCGAGACACUGUCCGUCGCACCCCCUCUUCAUUCUGUUCCAUUCCCAUCUGUCUCAGUUCGAGAUGGUUCUCCCGGUGGAGAAAGACCUGCUUCACGUGCUUCUCGCUUAGACUUACAUACCCGUACUCAGUCCAGCGCUAGUAUGGGCUCAAGGAACCUUCUGAACGGCGCAGAUGUUGAUGCGGACGGCAGUCCUUUUGCUGUCCGACCCCCAUCACCUGAUCGUGCUUCACGGUUUGAUCCUAAAGUCAAUCACGGGAGAGCGAUGUCUAACGGGUCGAUGGCAUCCAAGAAUCUGCUUGCAGAGGAAAAUCCCUUUGCUGUAAGACCUCCCUCUCCUUCCCGGUUAUCACGGUUUGAUCCCAAAGGCCGUGCGCGAACAAUCUCCGUUGGAUCAAUGGGCACUCGGGUCCUCAUUGAUAAUGACGUCGAAGAAGAGUCACGCAGGGAUCGACCUUACUCCACCGUCGAGCUACUUAGGCCUAAGAUUCUGGUUAUGCCAAGCCCGUUGCAAAAUGUGGCUCCUCCUCCUCCCCCACCUCCUGCUUUUAAAUCUAGAGCUGGGUUUGAGAUAUCUUCAGAUGGUCCUCCCUUGCCUCCGGGUGCUCGCUCUGCGAACCGUUCGUCGACCUCUUUAACGAACUACAUGACUCCCGCAUCAGCACCCAUAGCAUCUAAUUCUUUCACUCCUAACCCUCGAGCAAGUCUUACAUUGUCUCAACUCGCUUUUCGCAACACGCUUAUGGUUGGAGGACAAAGAGACAUUGCGUACUCUGAUAUUGACCGUCAUCUUCCUCGAGCGAUGAAAGAGGGUGAACAAGCGCAAUUCGAAGAACUGGAGGAAGAAGAGUCUCCCGUACCCGUUUCAAUACCUCUCCCUCCUGUCCCUCCUCCCACGGAGAUGGAAAUAAAGCGUGCUGCUGGGAAGCUCUAUGGAAGGAGUUUGAUAGACAAUUUAGAACAUCGCAAAGCGGAGAUAAAGCAGAAGGCUCGUGUUUUCACUGGCGACGAAAGACCAUCAAUGAUGGUCCGGGGUCAGAUUCGCCGAUCAAGUACUCUCAUUGAUCCCCAGACACUUGGUCGUCCCCCUUCACAGAAUCUUGACAAUGCGAUCACUCCAAAUCCUCGCCAAUCUCUCUUGCGUCGGAACUCCUCUGGUGGCAAGCCUCUCCUUGACAUGGAUGGAGAAAAACCUCCCACAAAUCUUGGUCCAGGGGCAGAGCAACUCUUGUCCAAAAGUCGCUCUGUUUUUGGUGUGGAUACGCUGUGGGAUCUCGAAAUGGUCAAGUUGAAAAAAAUGGAGGCGGAGGAGAAAGCUGAAGCUGAAGCGCGGAAGAAGCGGGAAGAAGAGGAAGAGGAACGCCGGAGGCAGAAAAAGAAGAAAGGCAAAUCGAAAGGAAAAGGCAUCGAGAUUCCGCUAGAGUCCACCUCUUCACCCGACCUUCCCUCUGGAUCACGAGUAGGCUUGGCCCCUCCCACUCUGCCUGCCAUCCGGAAACCCAUUCUAAAGCGCGCUCCGCAGGUCGACGACGAGAGCGAAAGCGAUAGCGAUGGUGACAAUGCUAUCCCAAAGGCGACAAUCGAAAACGCCGCUGAUCGCUGGGUUACUGAGUCUUCAGACGAAGAAGAUGUACCGAGACGAACCACUAGGGCUGGGCCACGGUAUCUGCCCAAUGUCAAUGCACCAAAUGACGAUGAUAGCGAAGAAGAUCUUCCUUUGACGGCCGCCGUUCAGCGUGUCGUCAGGCGAGCGUCGCAAUUGGGUAUCGAUGAUGAUUCGGAAGAGGACAUGCCGCUGACGGCUGCAGCAGCUAGGAUUGUCAGACGAGCCACUCAGCUUUCGCGUCAUGCAGAUGACGACGACGAAGACGAGGACAAGCCCCUGGUAGAUGUCCUCAAUAGAGCUAAGCAAGGCUUGCCUUCUGUCAACUUCGAUAGCCUCUCCCUUCAUCAAUCCGGCGCGGAUGAUGAUGAGGACGAGCGACCACUCGGUCUACGGGCUUCUAGAUUACCACUGGCCUCUCAGACGUCGUUGCCUUUCACUGGCGGCGAAGAAGAUGACGACAAGCCAUUGGCCUUCCAUCCCGAGCAACAACGUCGAACACAGUACCAGAUGAUCGCCCAGGCCCAGCAGCAGCAACAACAACAGUUGAUGAUGCAAGCUCAAAUGCAGAACAGCAUGUUUUUCAACCCCGCCAUGAUGGGAUCUGGCGUUUUCACGCCUAUGGUUGUCCCUCCGAUGAUGAUGGGCGUACCAAUGGCUCCCCCUUCACCUCCUCCAGCCCACGAUGCAGCCAAGUUUGGUCGUGUGGACAGGUGGCGACGUGAUGUUGCUGUGGAGGGCGACAGCUGAGUAGUUGAGUUUCUUUGGGUUCAUAUUUGAUUACAUAUCACGGAUUUUAUGGAUACUCCUUGGACACUCGCUCGCUUUUACAAUUCUAGUCAGUCCUUUAAUGUCCGUUGCAUACAGAAAUACAUCGGUAU